AAAGUUAGGACUUAGGUAAGAGAGCGAGGAACUUAGUGGUUGACUCUAUAAUAAUUUGAGUUGACGACUAAUAAGAACAAUAAUGUACCUUCACUCUUUGUCGGAUUUAUUAUCAAUUCACUUGGUGGACGACUCUUGUAUAUGUUAGCGUAGCAACGCAGCAAUCAUUAUUUAUUUAUUGAGGUAGAAAUUCAAGUGUGGUGAGUUAUUAUUCCAUUCUCAAAUCAGACCCGCGGCUGCACAAGCAAAGAAUCCAACUACUUUUUCCUUCUCGUUCUUCUUCUUCUUCGCUUAUUCUUCCUCUCCCUCUUCAGCUUUGAAGAGUCCACCUGCUCUAUACCUCAGCUCGUUCAAGAAUUUAACUACUGUUGACAUUUUGGAUUGACAACUUCAUAGGAGGAAACGUGCCGUUCAGACUACUUUACUUUCAGUUUCAGGUUAAUACUUAGCAGCUUUGCAACUUGAAGGGGAAAAAAAAGGAACUUUAGGUUCAUGGCUGAAAAUUUGAUGACUAUAGCUAGAGGACAAUCUAUCUUGGAGCCACCACUUUUUGAUGGUAGAAAUUACGCUGAAUGGAAGGAACAUAUGGAGACAUUUACAAAGUCUUUGGACUUCAAACUUUGGCUUAUCAUUAAGAAUGGACCAAAUGUUCCAAAAAAGGUUGUAAAUGGAAUUGAAGAGGAAAAAUCGGAAGAUGAAUUUGAUGAUGAAGACAUGAAGAGUGUACAACAAGCCUCAGCAGCAAGACACAUCUUAUUAUGUGCUCUAAUAAACUCAGAUGUUUACAAAGAUAUCUUGCACUUCAAAACAGCCAAACAAAUAUGGGACGAGCUUGAAAACAGGGAGAGAAUUAACAAUGUGAACCCAUCGACUCCGCAAACAAAUCACGUGAAGGCCAAGUCUGAUCAAUAUAGUUGUCCCAGCCUUGUUUUCCUAGAUGAAACAGGAAAUCCAAAGAAUAAUAAUGAUUUCUUCAACCUGUGCGUUCCUCUAUACAAGCAUGCACUAGAAGGUAACUGGGAAGAAGCGAAGAGAAUCAUAGAGAAGGAUAGGAGGUUGAAGAAUGCAGCCAUAGCAAGUGGAUUGCCUACAGUGUUACACAUAGCAGCAGGUGCAGGUGAGGGUGCAAAGCAUGUUCACUUUGUGGAACAACUACUGAUGCCAGAAUUUCUAAACGAAGAAGACCUACAGUUGCAAGAUUACAAUGGAAACACUGCGUUUUGCUUUGCUGCUGCAGCUGGGAACAUGCAAGUUGUUGAUUUGAUGCUGAAUAAGAAUCCAUCAGUGGCAUGGGCUAGGGGUGCAAAAGGAGCCACCCCUAUUCAAUUUGCUGCAUUGCAAGGCAGAUGUGAAGUGGUUUGCCAUCUCUAUGACAGAACAAAACAAAGAUUCACAGAGGAUGAUGAGAAGCAAUUGUUCUUCACUUGUAUCAACACUGGACUCUAUGGCUUAGCCUUAAAAAUGGCGCAAGAAAACUCAGAGCUAGCUUAUGCAAGGGAUGAAAACAAUGAGACAGCUUUGCAUCUCUUGGCUAAAAGCCAUUUGGAUUCUUGUUGUCAAAGUCCACACCAUCAAAACCACACGAUCAUGAUCAACCCUUAGUUUAUCAGUUGGUCAAAAGCCUUUGGAGCACAAUUUGUAACAAUUCCACUAUGGAUGGGAUAAUUGAUAUCAUAGGCAAGCCAUCUCAACCAAUAUUUGCUGCUGCAGAAGUUGGUAAUUUUGGGUUCUUGUCAGAGCUUAUUAGUGGCUAUCCAAGCUUGAUAUGGGCAAGGGAUGAGAAAGAACAACAAACUAUAAUUCACAAAGCUGUCAAGUAUCGCCAGGCAAGCAUCUACAAUGUGAUACAUGAGAUUGGUUCUCAAAAGGAUAUUAUAGUGACUAUGGUAGACACCAGUGGUAAUACUCUCUUGCAUUUGGCUGCACAAAUAGCACCACCAAGCAGACUUGAACUAGUUUCUGGAGCAGCUUUUCAGAUGUGCCUUGAGUUAGUAUGGUUCAAGGAAGUAAAGAAGAUAAUGCCACCAUCCUUUAUAAAAUCAACAAACUCAGAAGGCUUAACUGCUGGAGAGUUAUUCACAAGGGAGCACACACAGUUGCGAAAAGAUGCAGAGGCUUGGAUGAAAAGCACAGCAGAGAAUUGUAUGCUGAUUGCAACCGUCAUUGCAACGGGGGUGUUUGCUGCUGCAAUAAGCAUACCAGGUGGUGUUGACGAUGCAAAAGGGAAACCAAACUACUUGAAAAAGCCUUCAUUUUUGGUGUUUGCAAUCUCAGAUGCAGCUGCAUUUAUCUCGUCAGCAGCUGCAAUAUUAAUAUUCUUGUCCAUUCUUGUUUCGCGUUAUGCUGAGUCUGAUUUCUACAAGUCACUGCCCUUGAAGCUCAUAUUUGGAUUGGUAGCGUUGUUCUUCUCAAUAACAAGCAUGAUGGUAGCAGUUGCAAGUGCCUUCUUCAUUACUUACUAUUAUGACUCAGAUUGGGUUCCUGGUUUUAUUUCUGCGUUUGUGUGUCUACCAAUACUUCUUUUCAUAUUUUUGCAGUUUAAAUUAUGGUAUGUGAUAAUGUAUUCAACGUUUUAUUGUAAGAAUCUUUUUAAGCCAGACAAGAAAAUGCUUUAUGUAUUGAAAGAUUAGAGAUGUAAAUU